AUGGCGACCAAGCUUCGUGGAAGCAGACUCGAAGCAGAAGUUGACCGGGCGAGGGCAGACGGUAAUUGGAGACGCUUAGCAGAACUGCUGCAAGCAAUGAAGUCAAAGCACUCUGGAAUGGAUGAUAUGGUGGAACUAGUUGAGGCGGAAUUGGAACUUGAGACGUUCCUUGAGCAGCAAGGAGAAGUUUUACGACCGCGAUAUGAAUACGCGAAUGGAUUACGUGAAGCGGAGAUGCUUCUGAAGGAUACGAUUGAUCGACGUAGCGGUGGAACCAUAUUAGAAGCACAUUUGUUACUAGCAAAGCUCCACUAUGCUUCAGCGUCAUAUUCUGAGGCGUUGAAAGACAUCGAAAAUUCUGGAAUGGAACUUGCAAACACGCAGUUUCGAACGCUGCGAGCAUUACGACUAGUUGCCGAGGUUUAUGCCAUCAAAGGGUUCUGUUUGGAAGCAAUGGAAAGCAACGAUAAGGGCAUGGACAAAUUGAGGUCACUGUUCUGUUACGAAAAAGCGGCCGAAUUGGCGAUUCUCUACGUAGGAGAAAUUGAGAAAAACAUUGUUGGCGGCGCGGGAAAAGGCAAUGUAACUGCAUCAACACCUAGUCCUACACAGAGAUCGGAUAAACUUGGAGAUAUACUUGAGUGUUGCUUGGAGCGGGUAGCAGCAUUACGAGUUAGAGACUCUGCCAUCGAGAGGAAGAGCAACGUGGAAGGAAUUGAGUGGUAUCGUCGUAUAAUAACCUGCCUUGGUGACAAGUCCACCGGGGAACGUUUACACCAGAAGAUGUCACAGCAAUUCGCUGAACUUCUACUGAGAGCAGUACCAGCUGACAGCCGAGGAGGGGCCAUAAGUCAAGCUGUCAGCAUGAAAAGCCAAAAUUUGAGUUUCUAUAUGGGUUCGCAUAAAGGAUAUUUCUCACCAGCGUCAAGAACGGAAGAAGUAAUUUUGUUGUUGCUGAUCAGUGAGGUUUUAUCCACUAGAGAGGUAGUCUUGAACAGAAGUGCAGAUUUGUCCGUGUCUCGACAUCAAUCGAUUCGAAGCGCAAAAUCGGUCUACAACCUGCUUACGCUGGUUUUAUCAACAUUACGGCAGUACCACUUACUUUCAACGGUUUAUGAAAGAGCCAUGAAGUUUGUGAAUCACGAUGAAUAUCUCUGGCAGCAGUUUGCCUUGUCACUAGUAUGUCGGGGUAAAUGGCUGAGAGCAACCCGUGUUCUGGAGCAGUGCAUAGCUGCUGGAGGCAAAGAUGGAGAUCCACUGAAUCAUGGAGCAGAGUCAGAAGCCGGCUCCUCAAAUACUGCUAUGCACCAUAUGCAAGCUGCUGUUCUGCAUAUGGAACAUCUGAGCCAAAAUGAUGCUGCUAUUAGUCACGCCAUGGCAGCUGUUGCUUUGUGCUCGGAUGGUCCAUCAAGUUAUCUGAAAGGAAGAGCUCAACUUCUGUGUGCAAUAGCUCACGGACGGCGCGCGCAAUGUGAGCCAUGCUUUGAUAAUCGCCGACGGCUGUUAGCAAAAGCAUUAACGAUGUUUGAGAACUGUGUUCAUACUGAUCCACACGAUUACUUGGCCCACUACUACUGCGCUUUGUAUCAUGCUAUAGUACGAGAUCUCGAAGCAGCCAGAGAAAGAUGUGCUAGAUCACUUGAACUCAACCCUGAACAGCCUGCAGCCAUUAUGCUUUUAGCUCUCAUCUUUACAGCUGAGGCGGAUCUAAAGGGAGCACUCGAGCUAGUCGUUAACGCGUUGAAGGACUAUCCAAAUCAUUAUGGUUUAUUAGUGCUACGACUGCAUAUAGAGACAAAAUUUGGCAGAAUCGAUGAAUCGCUUGAUACUUGUUCCCAUUUGCUAGAUUUUUGGAGAAAAAAAGAUUGCUGCAUUGAAGACGAUCGAGUGCAAUUGUCUCUGAGCGCAGUAGAUGGUCAGAAUAUGCUUCGGGAUACGUCUAGCGUCAAAGCAGCUACUCCAUCAGUUGGGCGAGAACUUUCCUCUUCUACUCCAAUCUUUGCAAAUCCUCUAGGAAUUGGGAUCGCGACGCCGAUUCUUAAUCCAAACAUUGGUACUAGCCAAUCGGGGCUGGAUUUAGCAGUUUCGGCUGCUGAUAGUGGAAUACCAGCUUCUGACGCUGGCGGUCAGUCAGCAUCGAGUGAAAGUGGUGGAGCAGCCGGAAUCGCUUCAAAUACACUAUGGACUCGAUUCAGAGCCCAGGCGAAUAUGUGGAUGGCGUUAGCCGAGCUCUUUCUAGCAGAAGGCCGAUUAAAUGACGUUGGAUCGUGUGUAGAACAGGCAGUAGUGUUAUUUCCACAGGCUCAUCAAGCGCUUUAUCUGAAAGGACGACUAUUUGCUGCUAGGGCCGAGAGGGCUACAGAUGAGGCUACUGCAGCAAAAUUUCGAGCGGAAGCUAAUGCAUCCCUAUUGUCUGCAUUGGCGCUCUGUCCUUCGCAUACCUCAAGUUUGUUUCAUCUGGCGGAACUUUAUACUUCAGAGGGAAAUAUUGCAAUGGCUGAGCAAAUGUACAAAGAACUCGUCCGCGUUGACCCACUGUGCUGUCAAUGGUGGCAGGAACUGGGUUCCUGUUUGAUGCGUCGAGGUAAUAUUGCAAGAGCAAUGGAGAGCUUUGCCGCUGCUUCCCAACUGGAUCGUUCCACGCCGCUAUUAGCGUUCUCGUCUAUACCACUGGUGUUCCCGUCUUCAUUCUAG